AGUAAUCAUUGAGAUAAAUUACACCGCUAAUACGGUUUCCUAUGCCACGGAUGCGAUUCUAUAGUAACCCUACAUUCCAUCAAAAAACAAAUCGACACCUGACAAAUUCAUAUUUCUAAAGUUCAUCGAUUAAUAAUCGCGUUAAACGAAUAAGUUGAGAGUGCAGUUUAAUUAAAUUUAACAAUGUCAGAGACAUUAUUUGAUACUUGUCCUGAAUAUUCUUUACCGGAAAGUGUUCGUGUUAAAACUGUGGUCGAUACAUUCACCGAGCGCUAUAAGUGUAAACCGGAGUUUCUGGUACAAGUUCCGGGAAGGGUUAAUUUAAUCGGCGAACACAUCGACUAUUGCGGAUAUGGGGUUUGUCCUAUGGCGAUAGAAUUGGAUAUAAUCUUGGCUGUGUCAACAACCGAUAACAAUGCUUUAAGAUUAUCGAAUAUGGAUCGUUCAUAUGAAGACUUUGCUUGCAGAAUUAAAAAUAUUGAAGUUAAAAUUGGGGAAGGCGCUCCGGGAUGGUAUCAGUACGUUUUAUGUGGUAUUCGUGGUAUAUUGGACAUUUUACCUUCUACUAUUGAACUAAAAGGAAUGAAUAUUUUAGUUCACGGUACAAUUCCUCCUAGCGCUGGACUUUCGAGUAGUAGUGCACUUGUAAGUGCUUCGGCAUUAGCGACAUCCUAUGCUUUUAAGUAUCCAGUUUGCAAAGAAAAAUUAGCCUCACUAUGUGCAAUAUGCGAGAGGUAUAUUGGAACUCAAGGAGGCGGAAUGGAUCAGGCGAUCGCAUUUUUAGCUACGAAAGGUUGCGCCAAGCAUAUAGAGUUUGCUCCUCUUCGUUGGAAAGACAUCACGCUUCCGGAUGGUGCCGUUUUCGUUAUAGCCCACAGUUUGGCUAAAAUGAACAAAGCUGCGACUACUGAUUUCAACUGUAGGGUCGUCGAGUGUAGGCUCGCUUCACAGAUAAUGGCCAAACAAAAGAACUUAAACUGGGUCGAAAUAAAAACUCUCGGACAGCUGCAACAGACGCUGGGCGCCGACCUCCAAACUAUGGCCGAAUUAGUCGAAUCGACGUUCCACGAAGAACCUUACACCAAAGAGGAGGUUCUCCAAGAGCUUGAAAUACUGGACGAUGAACUGGAAAAUAUUAGCCUUACGCCCAAUACGAAGCACAUUGAGAUGUUUAAGUUAAAACAAAGAGCUGCACAUGUUUUUCAAGAGUCUUUACGUGUAGAUCAAUUUAUUGAGAAUUGCAAAUGCGAUUGUUCGCAAAAAUCUAAUAAGGAAAUCUUAAAAACGCUUGGUGAAUUGAUGACUGCAAGCCAUAUAAGUUUACGGGAUUUAUACGAGUGUAGCCAUCCACAACUGGACAAGUUAGUGGAUCUGUCGUCGGAGCUGGCAUUAGGAGUCCGUUUAACCGGUGCUGGUUGGGGAGGAUGUGCAGUGGCCCUCGUCGAACCGGACAACGUCGAAGAGUAUAUGUCCACAUUGAAAAAGAAAUUCUAUUCGGAAAUGACAUCCGACGACAUUUUGCUCUUUGCCACGUCUCCAAACGCCGGGGCGUGCAUUUACACUAUAAACUCCGGAAAUUGAAUUGUAAAACACUUCGUUUUGGUAACACGCCAAAACUUUUCAACAAAUCUUAUUUGAUUUACAAUUGUAGUGGUAGAUGUUGUAAAAGAAUUUUUCUUUAUCAUAUUAAAUACUUUAUUGAUUUUCUUUAAAAAUUAGUUUUUCUAUCAGGAUGUUGCCAAAAUGUAUCACAAAAUGUUUAUAUAAAACAAUUUUAUUUAAAUAAACAGUAUUAUCGACGAAA